CCCCGCCAUGUCCUCUGCUGUCACCGAGGCGGAGGAGUCGGCGCGAAGCUCCCCGCUCACGCCGCUCAAGCUGGUCGGGCUGAUGUGCGUUUUCCUGGCGCUGUGCCUGGACGUGGGAGCCGUCAUGAGUCCCGCGUGGGUGACGGCCGACGACCACUACCACCUGUCCCUGUGGGAGUCCUGCUGGAAGCCGACGAGCGGCGACAAGUGGCAGUGCCGCACCACGCUGAGCUCAGACUGGCAGGUCGCCACACUGGCACUGCUGCUCGGAGGUGGAGCCCUGGUGCUGAUGUCAUUCCUGGUGGCGCUGGUGGCCGUGUGCAUCGGCACCAGGCGGCAGUUCUACAGACCUGUGGCCUUUAUGCUUUUCGCCACAGUGGUCCUGCAGGUCUGCAGCUUGGUGCUGUACCCCAUCAAGUUCAUUGAGAGCAUCAACCUGAAGAUUUACCAUGAGUUCAACUGGGGCUAUGGUCUUGCCUGGGGCGGGACCAUCUUCUCUUUCGGCGGGGCCGUCCUCUAUUGCCUCAACCCCAAAAGCUAUGGGGAGUACGACUAGCUCCCAUUCACCCAUCAAAGCUGGGAAGUUGGAGAUGCGAUGGGGGAGGUUGGGUGCAUAUGAAGAGUUCAGACGCACUGGUUUUGCAUCUGAACUCUUCAUAUGACAUGUACAGUGAAGAAAAUAAGUGUUUGAACACUCUGCUAUAUUGCAAGUUCUCCCACUUAGAAAUCAUGCAGGGGUCUGAAAUUUUCAUCGUAAGUGCAUGUCCACUGUGAGAGAGAUCACCUAAAAAGAAAAAUACAGAAAUCACAAGGUGUGAUUUUUUUAACAAUUUAUUUGUGUGAUACAGCUGCAAAUAAGUAUUUGAACACCUGAGAAAACCUCUGUUAAUUUUUUGUACAGUAGCCUUUGUUUGCAAUUACAGAGGUCAAACAUUUCCUGUAGUUGUUCACCAGGUUUGCACACACUGCAAGAGGGAUUUUGGCCCACUCCUCCACACAGAUCUUCUCUAGAUCAGACAGCUUUCUGGGCUGUCGCUGAGAAACACGGAGUUUCAGCUCCCUCCAAAUAUGUUCUUUUCGGUUUAGGUCUGGAGCCUGGGUAGGCCACGCCAGAUCAAGGUGAUAUGCUUCUUACAGGGCCACUUCUUGGUUUUCCUAGCUGUGUGCUUCGGGUCAUUGUCAUGUUGAAAGAACCAGCCACGACCCAUCUAGAAUGCUCUGACUGAGAGAAAGAGGUUUUUCCCCAAAAUCUCACAAUACAUGGGCGCGGUCAUCCUCUCCUUAAUACAGUGCAGUCGUUCUGUCCCAUGUGCAGAAACCCCCACUCCCACCCCAAAGCAUGAUGCUACCACCCCCAUGGUUCACAGUAGGGAUGGUGUUCUUGAGAUGGAACUCAUCAUUCGUCUCCCUCCAAACAUAGUUUGUGGAAUUAUGACCAAAAAGUUUGAUUUUGGUCUCAUCUAACUACAAAACUUUCUCCCAUGACUCCUCUGUAUUAUCCAAGUGGUCAUUGGCAAAUUUAAGACAGGCCUUGACAUGUUCUGGUCUAAGCAGGGGAAUCUUCCGUGCCAUGCAUGAUUUCAAACCCUGACGUCUUAGUGUAUUACUAACAAUUACCUUGGAAACGGUGGUCCCGGCUCUUUUCAGAUCAUUGACCAAGUCCUGUCGUGUAGUCCUGGGCUGACUUUCUAAGGAUCAUUGAGACCCCACGAGGUGAUAUCUUGCAUGGGGCUCCACUCCGAUUGAGAUUGACUGUCUGGGGUGGACAGGUGUCUUUAUGCAGCUAACGACCUCACACAGCUGCAUCUGAUUCCGGAUAAUACAUGGAGUGGAGGUGGACUUUUAAAGGCGGACUAACAGGUCUUUGAGGGUUAGAAUUCUAGCUGAUAGACAGGUGUUCAAAUACUUAUUUGCAGCUGUAUCACACAAAUAAAUCGUUAAAAAAUCAUACAUUGUGAUUUCUGGAUUUUUUUUUUUUAGACUUGUCUCUCUCACAGUGGACAUGCACCUUGCAGAACUUGCAAUAUAGCAGGGUGUUCAAAUACUUCACUAUAACUCGUUUCCUAAGAGAUCUUAAGGAUUGCUGUACACAAGUUUACUCUGUCGACUCCAGUCUGGAAAGAUGAUCCACAUGUAACGUCCCCGCCAACGUAUCCAUUCACUCAACCGGACAUACUCCAUUUCUGAAAAGAAAAGAAAAAACAAACUGUACCCACUUUUAUAUAUUGUAGAUUAUCGUCACAAAUCCAGGGAAUUCCUCUGAGCCAGUCAAUCAUUUAUUUCUUCUUUUGCCUCAAGAGUCAGUCACCGUAGCAACACUGCAGGGUACGAGCACAGCACUGUUAGGACUGAUUAGUCGCGGUCAUCGAUGUUAGACCAGAGUGCUCGCAUUAUUUUACUCAAGGUCUGCUAGAUUGAAAAUAUGUCAGAUUGUCGCAAACUUUCAUGUCAAACUUCUGUGGAAAGUAAAUCAGCAGGCGAUGAUAAAAUUGCAAUUGUAAAGCUGGUUCUGUUCAAUUUAUGAAAAGAAAAAAACAACACAAGAUUUCAAUAGAUAUAAAUAAAUUGAAAAUAGAUGAAGUACAAAAGAUAACAUUGCAAUGGUAGUCUAUGGUGAAAACAAAGCCAGGACAGCAGAACAUGCAAACGCCACACGGGAAACUGAACUCUCAAUUUCAUUGAAAAUGUAUUAAUUGGGGUUUUAAUAUGCAAAAAUAUAACACGUCGAAGCUCUUAUGCUCUUAAUGCCUUUAACAUCACACAACACGAGGUAUGCAUUUUCGUUUUGUUUCAGUGUACAAAGCUGCUGGAGGUGACAGACAUCUUCCAUAAGUCAUGGCUCAUAUCAUCAUAUUGUCCUUCUCAUCUUCACUUCAUCAUUUUGAGAGAUCCCACGGGUCAUAUUGUAGACCUCACCGGGUCAUGGACAAAGCGGGUACAGAGUCGAAAACUCCUGCCAUGAUUUGUGAGACUGUUGAGGUGCCGAAGAACAUCACUUGUGUGUGCUUUGUGUUGCUGUAGACCGGCGCUGGAUGUUUCCUACAGAACUGGGUUCAGAUGUAUAAGAACGGUUACUCUAUUUCAAUGUAAAACGAGGACGAAGAUAUGUUUGUACAGUAAAGAAACUAAGAUAAUGACCGACUUACAAAACAUGUACGUGCUACAUCAUGUCUUAGAAUAAACGUUGU